AUGACACCACUUCAAGAUCCAGAAUUGAUGAUCGAGAACCAACACCAACAUUAUUCUCCCAACUUUACUCAAAACCCAAAAGAAGCUUCGAUGCUUUACUCCAUGCUUCCAACGAUUGUGCAAUCACAUUUGCCUCGUAUACCUUCGAUUCGAAGUUCCGUUAAUAUCUACGGACUUGUGAGUGGACGGAAAUCCGGGAGCACGGUAUCUGGAGCAACUACACCAGGGUCAAUAUGCUCCUCCUCGUCCAUGACACUUGUCGGUGCACGAACUUCGGUAUCGAGUGAGGGGGAAUCAAUGGAUAGCUAUUUCCCAGAAGAGUCGCUGUUCUCGGACGAAGAGAUUCCUCAAGCGCCAAGGAAUAGACAGCUUCAAAUAAUGGGAUCGUCUGAAACAACAAAGUCGGGCAUUGGAUGGAAGUUUGCGAAUCAAGGGUACAAUCUUCUUGCUCUCGCCUUUGAAGAAUCAUCCGCAGUUUCCCAAAAUACUCGAUUUAGCAAUAUUUCCUUGGCGAGACAGCUCUUCAUCCACGCCUUGACAUACCUACUCCGGGCUCUUCCUUCCGAUCUCACAACCGAGGAAACCAUGGGUCUGAAAACCGCUAUACCCAAAGAAGUGGUAGAAUUAUUACAAGAGGAAUCCAACACCAGCGAAACUUUUCCAAAUUCCGCUCUUGGUAACAGACCCCCUUCAUUACUCCAAAGAAGUGUCGCCGCUACCAUCAUUCAACUUUUCCUCCUCUUCCAAUUCAUCCUUCCUUACUUGAAAUAUGUACUUACGUCCGCAUAUCAAUACGAUCGAAGCCAUAGAAUAUCGGAAAAGGUUCUGUCGCGGGGCUUUGUAACGGUAGACACGAUUGGCAAAUCGAGUUUGGCAGUUACUGGAGCCAUAUACGGAAUCGGUGAUGGGAAAGUUGGGGAAGCCCUUACGAAAGCUGCGGCGUGGGUUAUAGAGGGUGUUACGGGGGGUUUACAUGAAGGUGUGAGUGAGGGAUUGGUGAUGUUGGGUGCUAAGAAUAGUGCAAAGAAUAGUGCAAAGAAUGGCGCUUCGUCGCCCAAGAGAAAGUAG